AUGACUGAAAACUUAUUUAAGAAGAAGUUGUACCGCACCUUAUUGAUUUUCAGUAGUCAAAAUUAUCCUGUUAUUGAGACAACUGCUAUGUCCAACUUUGCUGCUGAUGGCAUCGAACGCAAACCUACUUUAUCCAAAAGCUCUUCAGUCACAGGUGGGACAUCUGUGCGGAAACGCUCCACUGGUGAUACCCAAGGUGCUGGUGCUGUGGAUGAAGAAGUAUUUCGACAGUCUUUCAUACCAUCUAUGUCAAUUUCAGCUUCAUCUGUUAAAGAGCUCAAUGAAAUUAUAAAUCGUAUAAAAGAUACACUUACUGGUAAUCCUGAAGAAUGGGAAAAACGUGUUGACGCGCUGAAAAUGUUACGUGCUGUUGUUGCAAAUGGUGCACUACAAUACGAAGAAUUUUUCACCUUACUGAAAACACUAGAGAGUCCAGUUGAUCUUUCUUUGCGCGAUUUGAGAUCCUCAGUUGUACGAGAAGCUUGUAUAACAGUUGCCUUUUUAUCACAAGAAAUUCGUAAUCGUUUUGAUCGUUUCGCUGAAGGCGUUUUGCAGACGAUUAUAUCAUUAAUGUCAAAUUGCGCCAAAGUUAUGGCAACUAGUGGAAUAGUUGCCAUGCGAUUUAUUCUCGAGAAUACAUGUUCCCCCCGACUUCUUCCUAUCCUUAUAUCUUCAUUAUCGUCAAAAUCUAAUAUUACUAGAAAAUGCAUUUGCGAAUUUUUAGAAAUCAUUUUUACAACUUGGCCUGUGAAUAUUCUUGAAAAAAACUUGACAACACUACAAGAUGCUUUAAAACGAGGUAUAUCAGAUGCAGAUCAAGAAGCUCGAUCAUUUUCUCGUCGUGCAUUUCCGUCAUUUGUUACCAAAUUCCCUGAACAAGCUAACACAUUUUUACAAAAUCUUGAUGCUCAGAAGCGUAAACUCAUCGAGAAAGAUUUAAUUGCAGCAGGAUUAUCAGAUUUCAUCAAUUCUGCGGAUACAACAUCAUCUAGAAGUCAAUUAGGCAGUCAAUCGAAUUUGGCAAAUCAAAGCACUCGAAGACCAGCUCGACCUGUGUUAGGCACCAGUUCAUUGGCGAAUAACACAAAUCGUAUUCGUCCACCUCUGACUAAUCAGAAUGAAUUUAACACAGUUGGCCGUUAUGUUCGUCAGGGUUCAGUUGUUUCUGGUUACGAUGGUCGAGCGCGUCAGGCUGGAAAAAAACUAGUCUCACAAUCACAACCCUUAGUCAAAUCGAUGGAUAUGCUAUAUGAAAUGAGAAGUGUGAUCGGUCAGUGUAUGAUAGCGAAUUUCCCUGUGCCAACUGGAUUGAGAAUAUUACCUGAUUAUGCUGCAUCGUUUGAACAAUCAUACGGACAACAACAAAAUAUUGGAGAGAAUUUCCUAGAACUGAAUGAAGACUCACAGUCACUUGAUAUGAUUUCGUUAACAUCCUCUGAUUGUACUAGUAACACAGGGACAACAACUAAUACCACUCAUAAUCCAGACAACAAUGUGAUAGUGCCCAGUGCUACCAGUCGUGAAGUCUCGCCUUCACGUCUAGCCUAUUUUGCUUAUGGCAUUGGAAACGCAGCAUCAAACAACACAUCAAAUGACACACAAAAAGUCCCAGUAAAUUCUUACACUAAUAACCGUAAUGGUGGAAUCGGAUUGGACAAUGCAGAGCGUAGUCGUUUUGGCUUAACUUCACGUGUUCCUCGUAGCCAGGGUGCAAGUCGUGAACCGUCUCCUACUAGAUCAACAGCAAGCGGUUAUACGGUGUCCUCAUUUCAGCAUAAUAAUAGUGUACAAUUAUCUGGAGCUAGCGGGAUAGGACAGUUGAAUUAUCGUAAACAACAAAGACCAUCUCUCGGUACGCUUAGCGAUUGUGGUGAUCUUGGAGAUGGGCCUCUAUACGGUAGACAUUACACAGUUGGUAGUAAUCGUGCUCCAUAUGGCUCAGAUGAUAAUUUUAGCGAGACAUCAUCUCAGUGUUCUGAACGUUCAGGUCGUUCAGCACCUGGUUACCGACGUCAGUCUUCAACGAAGGUGACUAGUAAUUUAAAAGAGAUAAUUUCCCAACUUCAAGCAGUUCAAUGGUCUGAUAGAAAAGAUGGUUUGACAAAUUUACAGAAUUAUAUGCGUUCUGGAUACCCACUAAACCCUGAUGAUAUUCGUUGUUUGACAGAAAUCUUUUCAAAAAUGUUUGCAGAUUCUCAGAGUAAAGUUGUCAGUUUAUUUAUGGAUACAUUGCAAUUCUUUAUCAAAGAAUAUAAUCCUUUACUUCGGGAUUGGUUAUAUACUCUUUUAAUUCGCUUAUUAUAUCGUCAAAGUCAUGAAGCUCUGAGUAGUCAUCAAAAAGCUAUCCAAGAAACACUUUUUGUUCUCAGAUCUCACUUCCCUUUAAAUUUACAAUUCAAUAGUUGUUGUCAUUUCAUUAUGGAUAAUGCACAUACGCCAAAUUUCCGUGUGAAAACAUGUCUAUUAGAGUAUAUGAAAGAUUUAAUAUUAAUGAUGAGUCCAGAUGCUAUUGCAAAUCCAUCGAGUGAAGUAACUAAUGCAAUCGGAAGAAUUAUUAGCUGGUCUGGAGAACCGAAAUCAGCUGACGUUCGUCGGAUGGCUUCUCGUGUUGUAAUUAAAUUGUUUGACUUAAAUACUUCAAGUUUCUCAAAUCUGUUACAAGCUCUUCCUCGUACAGCUCAAGAUCGAGCACAUGAAGUGCUUAAAACAUACCAGAAAACAGCUACAGGUGGUGGUCUAAUGAAUUUAGGCGACUCUAAUCAUAACACUUCAUCAUGGAAAUCACCUCCAGGAUCAUUGAGAAAAUAUUCUCUGCCUGUAACGAAUCGAAGUUAUAUGACUAGGUCUGUUGAUCAAGAUCAUAUGCAUUCAUAUUCAUCUGGUGCUAGCCACUAUGGAUCAGUCGGUGGACCCACUUAUUCUUCUCAACGUUCUCAAGAAUCAACUGGUCAAAUAAGCCCAGAAAGUAUGAAUCGUUUGAUUCGAGAAACAACAGAUGGCCUUCAUUCACUGUCUAUUGGUAUGCCAACCUCUAUAGCAAGUCCAAUACGAAGAGCUUCUGCUGGUUCAGGAUGUACAUCACCUUUGCAAUAUGGAACACGUGUAGAUCAUACUCAAGAUUUAGCACAUGUUACAAAUGGUAAUAAUGGUGUAUUACGUACAAUGCAACCAAAUAAUUACCUUAAUUCUGCUCCUACAUCACUACAAACUCCUAGUAUUGUUCCGUCCAAUGUAAAUCAAUGUUACGCGCCAUCAGGUACACCGAAUGAUCCAUCACUUCAGUCUACCUUUGGUUUACGUACAAACAAGACUAUUGCGAAUACCUUGAUCAACUAUGAUCCUGGCGAAGGGCCAAAAUUAAAGAAGCCCGUAAUUGGUUAUCAGACUCUAAAAAAGAUACGCGAAAUGCCUCCAGAAGAUAUUAUGUCUGAAAUUUUACAGGAAUUAUCAAACCAUAAUGAACGCUAUGAACAAAGAAAAACAUGUAUGUUGAAGUUAAUUAAACUAUUACGUGAUGGUGUUAUCAGUAAUUGGGAUGAAUAUUUCAAGCCAACGCUGUUAAUUUUACUCGAAACAUUGGGUGAUGAUGGUCAUGAGACGAGAGCACUUGCUCUCCGUGUACUUCAAGAAUUAGUACGAGCUAAACCUGAUCUAUUUCACGAUUUUGCAUAUUUAUUUGUCAUCAAAGUCCUUGAAGCUUGUCGGGACAGUGAAAAAUCUGUUAUUCGAGCAGCAGAAGACUGUGCUACUACAGUAGCUCAAAAUCUUCCUCAAGAACUCUGUUUAAGUGUUCUUACUCCACUGAUAAAUGAUCCGAAAUUGCAUAUCAAUUUACCAGCUAUUAAAAUGCAAAUGCAAGUUAUACAGAAUUCAUCACCUGAAUUAGUACAAGAAUCUAUUAAUGCAUUAAUCCCUGGACUAGUCACCGCAUGUAAUCAUGAAGAGAGUGCUAUCCGUAAGGCCAGUGUAUUCUGCUUAGUUGCAAUUGCUAUGAAGCUUGGAGAUACUAUUUGGGAAUAUCUUACAGAAUUAAAUGCAGGCAAAAAACGUCUUUUAAAAUUAUAUAUUGACCGUCAACAAAGUUCAGCUACAUCAAGUGACUCAAUUGCAACUAAAAGUUGAUAUAGUGUGUGUGUGAUAAAGACAAUAAUAUACAAAAGCACCUCGAGAUAUAUGUGAAAAAAAUAAUGAUUUAUUGUCGUCAUCCUGUUGCUGUUGUCGUUUUAUUUUCCCCACUCUGAUGAAACAUCAGAUAAUUUUUUUAAAAUUUGUUUUUCAUUUCCUUUGACUUCGUUUCCCUUUUUUUGUCUUAUCUCUGUCCAUUUUAUCACCUCUCUCAUGCCUACACACACACACACACACAUGUUGACUACAAACCAAAUGGAUUGUGGCAUUUCAUUGUCUUUAAUUAAGUUUUUUUAUUUUUAAAGAAAAAUACAUAUACACGCUAGUUUCCAACCAGUAUCAUCUCUCUUUAAUUAAAUAACUUCUUUUCCUCUCUCCUUUUUACAAUUUAGUCAGAUUUUUAAGUUCAGCAUAUAUAUAUAUAUAUAUAUAUAUAUAUAUAUAUAUAUAUAUAUAUAUAUUAUUUGCAUAUAUGCCGUCUCUUUUUUUAUUGUGUGCCUACACCUUUAUUUCUAUUUCCCUUUACCGAUUAAUAUUAUCUAUUUUCAUCAUUAUUAUUACAGACAACCCGGUAAAAUGUUGUUUAUGUAAUAAACAUACAUUUUUAAGUGGAGGAGAUGGGUUUGGUGGGGGGAUGUAAAUGCUUUCCUAUUCAUCUGUUUGUUUGUAGUACUCUUUACUGUUGAUUGUUUGUUUGUCUCCCUCCCUCCCCCCCGACACGCACACGCGCAUUCUCAUUCUCUCUGUGUGUGUGUGUGCGUAUAUUCAUGCAUACAUACCCUGAAAAUAUAGUAUGCUUUGGGGAUAUUCGGUUAUUAGCUGACUAACCAAAGCUUUUAACAUGAGUGCGCUUAUUCCCUAUUAUUUUACUAAAUAUUUUUGUUUAGGUGAAUUGAUCAUUAUAUUGUAUCAGUUGUAGUUUGUGUUUGUUUUCUUCUGUCCCUUUAAAGGCAUAAAUACCUAUAAUAUAUUUUCUAAUCCUCCUUUCCUCUCUUCGAUGCCGUCCCUAAUUUCGCUUAGCUGAAAUUUUUUUCAUCUUUUUGUGUUUGUUGUAAUCCGUUUUGAAAGCGUUGAUGCUAAUCUCCUCUUUUUUUUGUUUUUAACAGUGUUUGUAUAAAUAAAAAAGUAACUCACGUUUUUAUCCACUAACUACUUACUAACGAUCAGUUUUGCAAGCUUACUACUCGUAUGACUUCUGUUAUUUGAAAUUGAAAGAGGAACAUUGAAUUAGUGUUUUCUUGAGUUAUCUUUUUUUCGGGGGUGGGGUGGGGUGGAGAUUUGGCUUUCUCCAGUAAUUACAGUAAUUGUUUAAUGUAUGAAUACCUCUCUCCCCUCUCCAUUACACAUUCUGCACAUCUGAGCACAUAUGUACCUCUUUGUAGUAUCUAUAUUGUAUACUACUUUUUAAUAGAUAGUAGACGAUUACUUAUUUCUAACAUAUUGUUAUCAUUGCUUUCCGUAAAGUCCUAUGUAUAGGAGUUAACCAUUCCUGUUGCAAACAACAGCACAUUGAAUAAUAAACAUACAUGGAUGCGAAAAAUGUUUAUGUAUCGUUUUCUGUCUCUUCUUUCUCAUCUUUGCGUCUUAUUCUACGCAAAUCCAUAUGUUCAUCGCAGAAAAUAUACCGUUUUCUUUUCUUUCUCUCUCUCUCGUUUUUACUCUUCUUUUAUCAUCUUCUGUCUUUCGAUGGCUUUUUCGUACAGACGUUUACAUCACUUGAACUAGUAGUUGUUCAUAACUCCUGUUAGACAGCAGACUAGACAGUUUUCCCUUCAAUUCAUCUCCAUAAAAGUAGGAAUAUAGUUGUAACGAGAAAGAAAAGAAAAACCACUGACCACUUUUAUCACUUUUUAUUUUAUGCCACACACACACACUUUUUGCUCCCCAUGAUUACAGCCAAUUUUUAUUUAUUAUUGUAUCCACUAGUUGUACACAAAUGGGGAUUGAAACAAUAAGCUGUGUAUACUAGAUACUAUACCUCUUGUGUAUUUUAUUUGUAUGGAUGGGCGUGUUUGUGUCUGUGUGCGUGUUGACACAUGUGUACAGGAUUUGUUCCCUUUUGUGUCACACAAUUCCAGAGUUACUUUAUUCAGCUUUUUGUUCUGUUGUUUUUUUUGGUUUGUUUGUUUUUUUGAAUUUUUAAACCUUGGAAUCCAUCUUUUCAUUAUUAUUAUUAUUAUUAAUAUUAUUAUUAUUAGUUUUCAGUUGAUUGUAAUUUGUCAUAAUUAUUAAUAAUGAUGAUAAUAUAUAUUAAUAACUUGUAUGGUAAUUAUUCAGAUUUUUCCC